ACUCCUCCAGCCUGGAGGAGUUAGUUAGCCAAGAGCCGGGACUGGGAGCCCCGACCUCUCCUUUCUGCAUCCUCACACUCUGUGCCCAUCUCUUUUCUGCAUGGUGGAUAUUAUUUUUCAUUAUCCUUUUUUGGGUGCUAUGGGGGAUCAUUCCAAGAAAAAGCCCGGGAUUGCCAUGUGUGUAGGCUGUGGGAGUCAAAUCCAUGACCAGUAUAUCCUGAAGGUCUCCCCGGACCUCGAGUGGCAUGCAGCCUGCCUCAAAUGCGCUGAAUGCAGCCAGUACCUGGAUGAGACCUGCACUUGUUUUGUGAGAGAUGGCAAGACAUACUGUAAAAGGGAUUAUAUCAGGUUGUUCGGCAUCAAAUGCGCCAAGUGCAAAGUGGGUUUCAGCAGCAGCGACCUGGUGAUGCGGGCCCGGGAGAACGUGUACCACAUCGAGUGCUUCCGCUGCUCCGUCUGCAGCCGCCAGCUGUUGCCCGGCGACGAGUUCUCCCUCAGGGACCACGACCUGCUCUGCCGGGCCGAUCACAGUCUCCUCCUCGACCGGGGUUCGGCCGACAGCCCCCGGAGCCCGGGACACUUACCCACCAGCCGGGGCCUCCAUCUGACAGACCCCGGGUCCGGCCGGCAGCCGUCGUUGCGGCCUCACGUGCACAAGCAGGCGGAGAAGACCACCCGCGUCCGGACGGUGCUCAACGAGAAGCAGCUCCACACGCUGCGGACCUGCUACGCCGCCAACCCCAGGCCCGACGCCCUCAUGAAGGAGCAGCUGGUGGAGAUGACCGGCCUCAGCCCCAGGGUCAUCCGCGUCUGGUUCCAGAACAAGCGCUGCAAGGACAAGAAGAAAUCCAUCCUCAUGAAGCAGCUGCAACAGCAGCAGCACAACGACAAGACGAGCCUGCAGGGGCUGACCGGGACGCCGCUGGUGGCCGGCAGCCCCAUCCGCCACGACAGCGCGGUGCAGGGCAGCGCCGUGGAGGUGCAGACCUACCAGCCGCCCUGGAAAGCGCUCAGCGAGUUCGCCCUGCAGAGCGACCUGGACCAGCCCGCCUUCCAGCAGCUGGUGUCUUUCUCGGAGUCUGGCUCCCUGGGGAACUCCUCCGGCAGCGACGUGACCUCCUUAUCCUCCCAGCUCCCGGACACCCCCAACAGCAUGGUCCCCAGCCCGGUGGAGACGUGAGAAGGCCGGGCCGGCGCGCCGCCUCUCCCGAGGAUCUCGCAUGCUCCCUGCAUGAGACUCGCCCAUGCUCAGGCCAUUCCAGCUCUCCAAAAACUC